UCGAAUAUCAGUAAUCAGUUUGACAUUACCCUAUCCUUAUAAAUUUUUGCGUGAUUCUAAAUCACGAACGAACAUUUUAUUUUACCUCGUAUAGUGAAAAACUGCGAAAAUGUCGUUAUUCGGUGAUAUACUGCCGUUAAACAAAAAUGAAAACAAGAAUAAUCAAGCUAGUGCAAACCUCUCCCCAUAUUUGAACUUCGAUCCUAACUAUAUUCCGAAAAUGCAACCAGAGUUCCUUUAUCCUGAUGAGAGUCAUAUGGCUUCGACUGCGAGACGAUCGAAUGUAGCUUUACCAAUAAUAGGAAUGUCCUUCAUGACCGGUUCAGGUUUAGGAGGCAUGGUUGGACUUUACAAAGGAUUAAGAGCAACAACAUUAGCAGGUCAAACAGGCAAAGUGAGAAGAACACAAUUAAUUAACUAUGUUAUGAAACAAGGAACAACAACAGGCUGUACAUUAGGUAUUUUGGCAUCAUUUUACUCAACAAUGGCCCUAGGCGUGACAUGGAUAAGAGACCAAGAGGACACCGCAAACACCUUCAUUGCGGCAACUGCAACUGGAGUUCUAUACAAGAGCACAGCUGGCCUUCGCUCAAUGGGUCUCGGUGCGGCGGCAGGUCUAACUUUAGCAGGGCUUUACACCCUUCUAACAGACAACGACAAUAUAUGGAGUAAAGCAAGAUAUAUAAGAAUGUGAUUACAGUACUGUAACAUGUUAUUAAUUCUGUAAAUAGACUGUUAUUUUAAGUUAUGUUAAUUACACCAAAGGGUCGGGCACGCCAUUGGAUACUUAUUUGCUCCAUGUUACAAUGGCUUGUUUAGAUUCAGUGUGUUAUGUUAUCCUGUUGCCGGUCAUAUGUUCCAUAUCGGAACGGGAAGCACAAUUAGUUAAUAAAAGAAUUUGUUUGGAAAA